AUGUCCACGUCCCCUGCUGAGUCCACCGUGAGCGCUGGCCUGGAGGACAGCCAGUCAGGGCUCAGCCCAGCCCCUGGCAAAGCCCUGAGCCCAGUGCUCACAUGCCGGGUGUGCGGUGACACCAGCAGUGGGAAGCACUACGGCAUCUACGCUUGCAACGGCUGCAGCGGCUUCUUCAAGCGGAGCGUGAGGAGGAAGCUCAUUUACAGGUGCCAGGCUGGGACGGGGAUGUGCCCCGUGGACAAAGCCCACAGAAACCAAUGCCAGGCCUGCAGACUGAAGAAGUGCCUGCAAGCAGGCAUGAACAAGGAUGCCGUGCAGAACGAGCGCCAGCCCCGCAGCACUGCCCAAGUCAGACUCAACAGCAUCCCGCUGGACACAGACCUCAAGCCUGCGCACUUGGCCACCACGCGGGAGGCCCCUCCGCCACCCUGCCCUGCCCUGCCGAGUCUUAGGGGCCCCGGCUCCUCUGUGCCGGGUACCCUGGGACCUCGGGCACCCACUCCUCCAAGUAAUCACCGCUUCAUGGCCAGCCUGAUGACAGCCGAGACCUGUGCCAAGCUGGAGCCCGAGGACGCUGAUGAGAACAUCGAUGUGACAGGUAAUGAGCCCGAGAGGACCUCGACUGAGUACCAGAUGUCCCCCUACCCAUCCGCCAGCCCUGAGAGCAUCUAUGAAACUUCCGCCCGCCUCCUCUUCAUGGCAGUGAAGUGGGCAAAAAACCUGCCCGUCUUCGCAAAUCUGCCCUUCAGGGACCAGGUGAUUUUGCUGGAGGAAGCCUGGAGCGAGCUGUUCCUGCUCUGCGCCAUCCAAUGGUCCAUGCCCUUGGAAAGCUGCCCGCUGCUCUCUGUGCCUGAGCUCUCCCCCAACAUCCAUGGGAAACUGGUGUCUGCCAGCGUGGACAUCCGCAUCCUGCAGGAAACCAUCAGCCGCUUCAAGUCCCUGACCAUAGACCCCACAGAGUUCGCGUGCAUGAAGGCCAUUGUGCUCUUCAAACCAGAGACACGAGGCCUGAAGGAUCCAGAGCAGGUGGAGAACUUGCAAGAUCAGUCGCAGGUGAUGCUGGACCAACACAACCGGACACACUACCCCAGCCAGCCUGUCAGGUUUGGGAAACUGCUCCUGCUCCUUCCCUCCUUGAGGUUUAUUUCCUCAGACCGGAUCGAGCUCCUCUUCUUCCGCAGAACUAUCGGGAACACUCCCAUGGAGAAGCUGCUCUGCGACAUGUUCAAAAACUGACCUGUCCCUCUUGCGACCAGGGUCCCUUGAGGUGGGUGCUGAGGGCUUCCUGGUAGUUCCAAGAACCUGGUUUCCAGAGCAGGUGAAAGGAAUGUGGAAAUCCCACUCAGUCCUGAGUGAGUUGUCCAAGUCAACUGCGUAUCUACCAAUCCUGACAUAGUAUGGCCAGGAUUAAUCUCUGUUCACAAGCAGCUGCAGCCAACUGGAAAUUGUUACCUAUCAACA